AUGGAAUUUGAAUGGCCUUGGCAGUAUUCUUUCCCUCCCUUCUACACACUCCAACCAAACAUAAACACUCGCCAGAAACAAUUGGAAGCAUGGUGCCAACUGAUAUUAUCUUAUCACAGACACCACAAAAUUUAUAAGUUGGACAUUUCAGAAGUGCAGAACAGUCCUUUGUUUAAUAAUAAAGAUAUAAACAGAAAACUUUCAAUAGACAAUAUACACUUUAUUCUUGAAGAAUUAAGAAAAAAACGUAAUUUAGAAUGGAUUGACAAGAAUAAAAGACAGUGUUUCAUUAUGUGGAGGACUGUUGAUGAGUGGGCCAAUCUCAUUUACAAAUGGGCAUCAGAUACAGGGCACACAAAUUCUGUGUGCACCUUGUACGAGUUGACAGAUGGAGACUACACAAAAGAUCAAGAGUUUUAUGGUUUAGAUAAAUCUGUUUUAUUGAAGGCAUUGAAAUAUUUGGAACUGCAAAAGAAAGCAGAAGUAAUGAUUUACGACACAAAUGAAGGAGUUAAAUUCCUAUGA